UGGGUUGUUUAUCGGCCAUUUUGGAAGAUGGCGACUUACAUAUGCCGAACAAAAUAAUGUUAAGAUUUUCUUAUAGCCGUGCAUUUAGACAGAAAACAGAUUAGCCAUCAAUACUAAACCACUCCCUAGUUACACUUCACCUAAAUACAUCUAUUUGCCACAAGAUUACAUCAUGACAAACAUGCAAGAUGCAGAUGAGUCGUUGGAGAUGGCUCGUUCUGAAAAUGGAGAUUCUACUUCCAGUGAACUUGAAAGACUGAAUAAUGCUUCACCGUGUCCUUCUGGCACAGACUCCCCCACUGAAAGGGGCAUAGCAAAGACCAAGAAACAGGAAGAUGUUAUCCUCAGGUCGAUUGAAGAAGCAGCAAGAUUGGGAACUAACACCCUUGAUCUGAGUCACAAGAAAAUGAGACAGAUUCCAUCAGAGAUAAUGGAAAUGCCACAGAUAGAAUAUCUGUACCUGGAGGGAAAUGAGCUUACAACAAUACCAGAUGAACUAUUUGACAAGCUGCCUAACCUUAAAUGGUUAGACCUGAGGAGAAACUACUUAGUGAGGCUUCCAAGUGUUUACACUGGUCAUCACCAAAAUCUCAGGAAUCUUCUUGUAGAAAGUAACAAUCUACGUACAUUACCUCUGGAAUUAGGUUUGAUUAAAUCUCUGCAUGGUCUCAACAUAUCUAAUAAUCCCCUUGACUUUCCACCACAAAGCAUUAUUGAGAAAGGAACUAAUGAAAUCCUGAAAUUCUUACGAGAAAUGAUUGAAGCCAAGUCUUCUGGGAAGCUUUUGAAUGGAAAGAAGGCACGUAAAGCGGUCUUACGACAGCAUAGUGAUCCGAUGGGAGGACCGUCAAGACUGCCAGCGUUAAACCUGCUUCAACAACAGAGCAAAUCUGCCGGUAUGCCACAGAGAUUAAGGACAGGUUUGAGACGUUCUGCACAUGCCAGUAUAAAGGCCCAUUCUGCAAGGCUAGCGUCACAACAGUUUCCUAUAGAAGAAGAACCUAAUGAAAAUAUCCCUGAAAACCUUGUCAGUUGUGAGGAAAAUGACCUGGGUGAUAGUCUAGAUGGGUCUAGUUCAAGUGACGAUGACUGGGAUGAGGAUGGUGAUCUCAAACAGUACGCAUACAGACAAGCUCAGGAACGCACCCUGUCUACGGAGGCUGCCAAACGUGCAGCGUCCGGACAGAUUGUACCUUUGAAUAAAACUGUACAGUUACAUAGACCUGUCAGCUAUACAUCAAUAAAACAGACAAAAGAAGAAAAAAUAAAAAAAGCUGGUGCUAUGGGGACUUUCAGCAAAUCCAGGAAAAAUUCCUCGGCUCUCAGUAAAUCCUUAGUCACAGCAAAACAAAAACUGGGGCCUCAGUCUGCCACAAGUGUUCUUGAUUGGAAAGUGAACCCCUACCCUGAGCCCCCACCCCCAGACUACAUUAACCAGAAAUCAAAAGAGGAGCGUCUCCAAGCGAAGGCAAAAGAAUUCAAAGAAAAAACAGAUGCCAUACUUCAAAGAAGAAAGGAUGAGGAGAUGUUGAAGGACUGGAGGAACGAGACCAAGCGACUACAGCAAAAGAAAUAUUUCGAUAGUCUCAGAAAAGGAACUAAAGAUUUUCUGGAUCCUGUACAAGCAGCACCAUUUGAUAUUGACCAGGACUAUGUUAAAAUACCAACAAACGAAGAGCGAAUAAAACACGAGGUGAAAAUGGCUCAUGAGAAGAUUCGGCGACAGGUUUCACCAGCAUCACGGCAAAGGAUUGAAGAAGAAAAAGCACAAAGGAUAUUACAGUUAGAGAAAAGAAUCAAAGCUCACACAACACAAAUGCAUGAGAGAAGAAAACAGCCAAAGGGAUCACCACAGGAAGAGAUGGAGGCUGCACGAAGGGAGUUAGAAGUGGUUAAAAUGCUGCAGAAAGAUUUGUUACGCCGCUAUACAGAACUCAAACAAUGGACGACAGCUAAUUUGCAAAAAUACCCCUAUCUUGGUAAUAUGAAUAAAACAAUAAUUGUUAGAAGCGCAUGUAUUCAUAUCUUUCCAAAUGGCUCCGCUUUUUUUCUGUAGGAAUUAUGUGCCUUGCAUGUUAUGAUUUAAAAUAUUCCUAUCACUUUUUGUUUUCACUAGUGUGCGCAUGGUUUAUUUAUUUUCUCAGUUUUUAUAACCUGAUUCCCCGAGAUUUUCUUUAAAUGGCGUCCCCGAGAUUUUCUUUAAAUGGCGAAAGUUUGGUAUCCAUUAAAUAAACGAAAUAAAACACUAAUUAUUGUCCCGAUUAUAAAAGCUUGACUGCGAAAUGACAUAAUAUAAUCUCCAGUAAGAAAAUUCUAAUUAAGUACCCCACUCCACAUAUUGGUUUUUGUUAGAACAAAAGGGUCAGUAAGAUAGAGUUUAAUCCUGAACUAUCAGAAUUAAAACUUGAUUGGUCUGAUCCAUUAUAAAGGCAGGAACCAUGGUUCGUACAAACUAUCAAGUCAGUCAGUUCUGCUUUUUGGGGUUACCAGCGCAUUUUGACAUGUAAUUUGGAAUGGAAUGGAAUUGUACGACCUAGCCACUCCAACCCAUUAGCUGCCAAACAACCCUUUCAUCUAUUUUAUUUUUGUUGCUUUAUUACAUAGGUUGUUAACGUAAUUAUUUUGCAUGUAGUGAUUGUGCAUAUAAAAGUUGCUAUAUUACCUCCAUGUUGCAUGUGAUGACAUUUUAUGGUAGGUAUGUCUGGGCAGUAACACGUUGAUUUAAACUUAAAUUAUUGCUGUUAUAUAGAGUCAGCAUGGCAUUUCUAGAUUAAUACUCCCUAAUAUUCUUGUUUUAUUUGAUGAAAUUAUGCACAAAUCUAGUUUGAUGCUUUACACUUUGGUUCAGUUUGCAUGCUGACAUGAAAUUUAGAGGAUUAAAGUGUGUUUUAAUGAGUAGAUUUUGUGUAAUUCUGUUAUUAAAAUAGGAUUGCCUUUAUUCCUUUAUAUCAGCCAUAAAAUGUUUUGAACAAAUGUUUCAUCUCAAUAUGGAAUAAAAUUAAAUAGCCUUACAUGAUAUUCUAGGGAGUUUUAGUUCACGGAUAAAAGUCCUGUGUCAAGUCGACAGCUUGUUUAUAGCUUUGAUACGCUUACACUACUUGACAGAUUUACUUCAAACUUGAAAUAUUUGUUCCUAUUUAUCACUCAUACAAGAUCCAUAACUCUGGCAUGAAUAUUUUGUAGAUUAUGCUCCCCUUUUUUUUCUUAGUUUUUUUUUUUGGUUAAAGGUUUUGAUGCACUUUCACUCUGUCUUAGGUAUUACUCUGAUAUGUCAUAUUUCACUGUAAAACAUCAAAAUAGUUGAGUGUGCUGUCUCAUGAUCAUGCAUGAAGUAAAUGGCAACUUAUUUGUAGCUGAAAGUUCCUUUUCCAUUAAGGUAUCCGAUCCACAAAUAGGUAAAUUUCGAUGCCUGGUGACCCCAUGAUUUUUUGGUAUCAUUUGAAAGAGUUGUGUCUGCUGAACAAGAAUUAAUAAAUAAGAUGACCAUAAAUAAUAUGCAAAAAUAAUUACAGUCCUGUUUUAUGACCGCAAAAUGACAAAUCUUACACUGUAACAACUGGAUUUCUGUUGAAGUAUCAUUGAAGACUAUAAAGUAAAAAAAAAUAAAUUCUGUAACAUAUUUUUAUCAUGUAAUUUAUAUUUUCUUUUUCAGUA